UGAGGAGCCUACUAUUGUGGACGAAUCCUAAAGUACAUAUUAAUAUAACCUCUUUAAAAAUUAUAUUUGGUGUAUUAUUUACCAAUAGUAAUAAUAAUAAUAACAAUUACAUAUGUUUAUAACAAUAAUAAAAAAAAAGAAAAUUGCAGUAAAAUUCAUGUCUCUUGUAGUAUGUAUAAUUAUUAAUCUACAGAUGAUUUCCGUGAGAUGUGCAUCAUUUCUAUUAGGAAUAAUAAUAGCUAGUAUUACAUGGACAUUUAGUUUAUAUUUUUAUACAAUUCUCUCUAAAAAUGUCGAAUCGGAAUUUAAAAUCACCGACAGAGAUCGGUUACCAAAUAAUAGUGAAAGCAUAAAGAAUUUAAAUUUAAACCAAGAUUUUGUUGAAUUUGGGUUAGUCAGAAAUGUAGAGGAAAAAUGGAAACGAGAACAGGGAUAUAAAAAAUAUGCAUUUAAUGUACUAGUUUCUGAUAAUCUUGGACUGCGACGACAUUUACCCGACACGAGAAAUGAACUUUGUAAGGAACAGAAAUAUAAUUUAAAAAAUUUACCAAACGCUAGUAUUGUCAUGUGUUUUUAUAACGAGCACUAUACAACUUUGUUAAGAUCAUUGCAAUCUUUAAUUGAUAUGACUCCAGAUGAAUUAUUACAUGAGAUUAUUUUAGUUAAUGAUUAUAGCGACGAUUUUUCUUUACAUGAGCGUGUGAGUAAAUUCAUUGAGAUAAAUUAUGACAAGAAAGUUAAAUAUUUAAAAUUAAAUAAACGAGAGGGUUUAAUUAGAGCCAGAACAUUUGGAGCGAAACACGCAACUGGAGAGACAUUGGUAUUCCUCGAUAGUCAUAUUGAAGUAAAUAGAAUUUGGCUGGAACCACUUUUAUCGAGAAUCGCUUAUUCUAAAACAAUCGUGGCUGUGCCAGUUAUAGAUAUAAUAAAUGCAGAUACUUUACAAUAUAGUUCUAGUCCCUUGGUCAGAGGGGGUUUUAAUUGGGGCCUACAUUUUAAGUGGGAUAACUUGCCAAGUGGAUCAUUAUCUCAGAACGAAGAUUUUAUUAAACCCAUUAAAUCACCGACAAUGGCUGGAGGACUUUUUGCUAUGGACCGAUUAUACUUUUUCCAAUUAGGUGAAUAUGAUUCUGGAAUGGAUAUUUGGGGUGGAGAAAAUUUGGAAAUUUCAUUUAGGAUAUGGAUGUGUGGUGGAAGCAUUGAAAUUAUUCCUUGUUCUCGCAUUGGUCACAUUUUUCGAAAGCGUCGGCCUUAUGGGGAAAACGAACAGCAAGAUACAAUGUUAAAAAAUUCAUUACGAGUAGCACAUGUAUGGAUGGACGAUUACAAAUCCUAUUUUCUGAAAAACGUUAAGCAAAUUGAAUAUGGCGAUGUUUCUGCAAGAAUAGCCUUAAGAAAUAAUUUGAACUGUAAGAAUUUUUCAUGGUACUUAAAUACAGUUUAUCCAGAAUUAGCAUUGCCGGAUGACAAGAAAAAGACGUUGAAUGAAAAAUGGAGGAAAAUGAAUCAGAAACCAAUUCAAUCGUGGUACUCAAGGAAGAGAAAUUAUACUGAUCAAUAUCAAAUAAGACUUGUUAAUACAACAAUGUGUAUUCAAAGUGAUAAAGAUAUAAGAACAAGAGGAUCAGGAUUAAUUCUGGUUUCAUGUUUACGAACAAAAGCACAGAUGUGGUUCGAGACUGAAAGAAAAGAACUAAUACUCGGGCAAGUGUUUUGCUUAGAAGCUACUGAUGAAAUGCCGAAGCUUGCAAAAUGUCAUGAAAUGGGAGGCGAUCAAGAAUGGCAAUACAAAGAAACUAAAAGUACUCCUAUUUACAAUUUGGCUACAGGUACAUGUUUAGGUGUAUCUUACAAAAAAAGUCGUAUACAGGUAGUAAUGAAUUUAUGUACGAAAACUGAGAAAUCAUUAAUCGAAUGGAAUCUUAUUCGUUCAGUGGUUUAUAAUGUUGGAAAUGUUUAAUUUACAAGACAUUCUUAUAAAUGACAUGUGCUCAAGGGACUGAAAAUUACGACUUGCCUUUAAGCACAAUGCAAAACCUAUGAAAAAAUAAAAGCAAAUGAAUUAAAUUAUAGAUUAUGUUUGUGAUAUAGAUUUAACUUUAAUAAUGAUUCAAGUCAGUUUUUAGUGAAUAAUUUAGAUGCAAUGAACACUUAAAUUUUAAUGGCUUGUAAUAAUAGCUGUUCCCCUUUUUGUAAUUUCACUUGAAAAAUUACAAACAUAAUCUAAAACUUUUUCCUUCUAACUAAAGUCUCUUUCUUCAGAGCGCAUCUUUGUUUUCGACUUUUCGUACGUCAAAUAGCUGUGAUUUACGAUAUAAAAUGUUUAUUUUAUUAAAAAUUAUCGUUCGCUCCUUGGUUCACUCGAAUAUGUGUAACUUUUCUCAACAGUUUGAAAUUUAUCACUAGAAAAACCCUUAAAGUUACGUGCUCUCUCCUCACUGUUCUUAUAACUUAAGAAACUUUUGCAAUCUUUUGGAAAAAGUUAAACUUACUCGAGUUGUUGAAAUAAAUGUUCAUGUAGGUCAUGUAAUAAUUAAAAUUGAUAAAUUAUGUAUCAAAUGUUCAAGUUGUUUAUUAAAAGUAAAUUGCAAACAAAUGAUUAAAUCAGAAUGUAAUUCAAAUAAGUUAUCUAUUUAUAAGACGUAAAUUUUAUUUUUUUAAUAUCUGUAUAACAUCUUCGUCAUGCAUAAUGUGUUGCAGACCAACUCUUUGAGGUGAAUAUUUUGUACUUGUACCCUAAAAAAAUAAAUUAUUUUCUACA